AAAUUUCGCAAUCCAAUCUCCAAUCGAUAGUGCCCUCUUUGGUUUGACGCCUCUACGUGUUUAUAAUUAUUAAAUUACGCUGAUAAACAUACUAUAUUAGUGUAUAUAGUGCUUUUCCUUAUCGGGUCGUUGCCCGUGACGUAUUGUGUGUGAAAAGUGAUUCAAGAGAAGUACUUUUCGUAAGCUCGUAAGAUAGUGCCCGAGAGUGGCUUCGCUUCCCCUGUUGCGGCGUCCACAAAAGAAUAUUUAUCCAAUUUAAACCGCUGCAGAAUGAAAAUAUAGGAAAUUUACAUCCGAAUAAACUAUAGAUGGCUUGAAUCGAGCUAGUUAUCGGCCAAAACUGAUGAUAUUUCAAAAUGGAAGAACCAAAGAAACUGCAAGACAUGCCCUUCGACAUCCUACAUCGGAUAUUCAAAAUGCUUAAAUUUGGCGAUCAAAUGCAGUUGGCCUGUCUCCAUCCGAGGUUCUGCGAUGUCGUGGCUGAGCAUUAUCGCCAUAAAUUCACAUCGUUUGUGUUCAACCAAUGUGAACUAUAUGUGAAUCUAUUAAUUCUUGUAAAGCUGUGCGGUUCCACAAUGAUCCAUAUAACAUUUGACAACACCGCUGAUGUUGAAUAUUUGUUGCCCGCUGUGGAACGAUAUUGUAUCAAUUUGGAAACCAUUAGCUUUACGACCAGCGAAUAUAAUUGCAAGGCAAUCAAAUUAUUUUUGGAAAGAAAUGCAACGCUGAAAUCCGUUGAAUUGGUGAUGAAUUGUAGUAACCAUAGAUCGGGUAUUCAUGAGGCCAUCUCCAUGCUCGAAUCUAUUCCAAACAUUAAGCGUUUGCAGCUGCACAACUUCCCUGGCCAUUCUCUGAUUAAAAACAAGAUUAAGGGCUUUGUGCACUUGGAAGAACUGACUGUCGGCGAUUACUUUCCAUAUGAUUCAGUGCCAAAGUGGCGCUUCGAUAUUUCUGAUCUGCUAUUGAGGCUAAAAAACCUGCGCCGUCUGACAGUUAUAAAUAGGAUUGUGUUCCUAAACAGGAAACUACAGGAACCACUCCUGGAGGAGCUUACACUGAUACAAUGCGAUCUCAACUUUAAGAAACCAUAUUUUCCCAAACUGUUAUCGUUCCAUAUCGAAAGAUCGAUGUAUCCGACUAAAGAGCGAUUGUUGGGUUUCAUACUAAAACAUGCCACUACUUUGAAGCGUCUCCAUGUAAUGACAGGUUACAUGAAUUAUGCAGGUGAUGGCAUUUUUCGGAUGAGGGUUCACCUAUCUUCUGAAUUUGGGUAUACACGCGUUCAUAGGACAAUACAAUGUAAACAGCUAAGAGGACUUCAACGGUCUAUGAUUACUGAAAUGUAAUCUAGGUAUUUCUUUCAUGUCUAUCAUCUAUGUCAUCUGUUUGUUUUCUGGUCACUCGACUCUCAAUAACUCUCAGAUACAAAGGACCAUGAUGGGCAUUGGUUCUCCCUACUCCGUUUCUCUCCUCUCCAUACACGCUGUCCCAAAACUUGAGACACAUAAGAAUAAAACUAGAAAAUAAGCAGUUAGUGAACGAUAAUUCACUGAGAAUAAUCUUACGAUUCGAAUUAUUAUUAUUUGUUUUGUUUUGUUUGUUUUUAAUACGUUGUAAUUUUUAAGAGUAAUAUGUUUUGGUUUGCUUUUCUUUCAAUGUUUUGGAUCUUCAGGAAGAAGUGAUCUGUAUUUUAGGUGCCUAAGUUAAUUAUGUAUGUAUAAGAACUUCAAAUGUAUGUAUGUAAGACAUAUUUUAUACAUGAAUUGCUUAUGGGAAUGCAAGGAUAAACUUCUAUGCAGAGAAGUUUCCUCUCUUUCCUAUAUUUUCGUGGCAAACAAAUCGAAUGCAAUUACUUAAACAGCUCUCCCUCUAGCCAUAAAACCGAUAAAUUCCUCAUGUGAUUGUUGAAAACGUUUUCCGUUCGUUACAGAACACUUUUCUUUAUGACAUUUACGCGAAGCAAUAAAAACUAAACAAAU